CGUUGGAGUUGUGCCAACGAUGAGGGCCAAGUCCCCCCCUCAGGCUCAUGUCCCUAGUGAAAAUUCCACAGCCUUGCCGACUACUGGGCUCCCCUCUUCGAGGCCCGAAUAUGACUGGGGAACGAAAUACACGAGGAUCAUGGGUUACAACGAGCUUUCAUAUUACCUUCCAGGUCGUGCAGACGGAGCGAAUGAUAUGAUGUGUCCGGCAACAUCCUUAUCGUCCAGUUGUUUCUGCACUGACGCUGACCCUAACCGGGUUGAUGUUCAUAGUCUACCUCAAGUUUGACUGCCAGCUAGAAGUCGUCACGAGCAGAAGGAUUCAUCUCGCAUGGACUAUCCUGCUGGUUCGACACCCCCCUUUUGCAUCCUCCAUUAGGAUGGAUCCAGGAUGUUACGAUCAAACCCGUUUUGAAUACAUACCGCCCUCCAGCCCAAAUGCUGCUCUUAGUGAAGCACUCGCUUCCUUAGAAAUCAGUUUUGAUAAAACGGGGAAAGAAGUAGUGGAUGAAUUUAUCAAUGGACCUAGAAUUCUUUCGGACCAGAAGCUCGGCUGUCUUAUCGUAUCGCUCCCCCCCAACGCUUAUGCGCUUCAAUCCAUCCACGGCUUUGAGAAGAGCCAUAAAACCCGAAUAACAUGCGAAAUGCUCAUCGGACUCGCCCACUUUACGGCCGAUGCGACGGCAGUCCAUCAAUUCACGAACGAAUUGUUGUCGCUGCUUGGUGGCCCCUCCACUAGUAAUCAUUCUCCAAGGUCAGAAGACGAGUUGAGGGGUAUUCUAGAAGACGAGUGGAAUAUAAGAUGGGGAGUGAGAGGCGCGAGGUUCGGGCCUGAAGGAUUUACGCCUAUGCCCGAGCCAGCCGAGGAACGAAUGCAUACUCCCACAAACAGAUUAAGAUUGGCAGCCGAGAAAAUCGCGUUUCAGAAUUUCCAGAACAAGGAAAUAGGAGGCCAUCUGCUUCCCCGCACGAAACCCACGAGUAAACGGCGCCACAACAAGAUUACAACAAUGGUCAUUCCAGAACACCUAUCCCAAAUAAUUGUCGCUAAAUGCAAAGCUCAAGGCGUGACUGUAUCAAAUGCCGUUUUCACUCUCUGUUCAUUCGCUUGGAUUCGUAUCGUAUCGUCACGUAUUUCUAAUCCUCUCACAUCAGCCACCGAGAAACGAAUCUGGAAGCAGAUUGGUAACGAGAUGUUACCCAUCAUGAUGUACACUGCUGUAAAUUUGCGCCCUUAUAUGGUCGAAAAUCCUCCGCCGGAGUCAUACGUGUUCUUGGCAUUGGGUUAUCUCAACGUCAUUCUUCCUGGCUUCCUUCCCCGCUUCGCCGGAAGGGCUAUGAGCGAAGAGGAUAAAAAGAAGGCUCUUCGUGGGAUUUUCUGGCUUAGAGCGAGGAGAGUGAGGGAACAGCUGCGGAAAGCAUUGGCGAGCCCAUUCUUCGCCAGCCGAAAUCGAAUCAUGGGCCAGGAACGAGCUGUAAGGGCAAAGGCUUGGGCAGUUGUAGAUGAUAGAUCAAGAGAGGAUAAGAGAAGGGCUGUCGCUGGGCUUUCUCCUCUUCCUCCCUUAAAGCCCCCACCUACAUUUGGACCGGCAUCGACACCAUCGGCAACACCCAAACCCCCUUCCACUGCUCUCGUUGGUAUUUCCAUAUGGCCUUCUAUUAAUUCGAUUUACGACCCAUCCAAUUUCCCUUUUAUCAAUAAUCUCCAGCUUGUCCCUCAAACUCGUAAAAACACUGGCGGCAUACUCCUCAUGGGAUUUGCUCUCCGGGGCAAGAUCAACCUUUCGUUGGGCUGGGAUGCAAAUUGCUUCCUGGAGGGUGUCGUUGAGGAGUUUUGGAAAGAGUUCGGGUCCGGUAUCAGAGAGUUUCUGGUUGGGGAAGGUGAAGAUUUCUGGCUGGAAAAGGGUCUUGAGGUUGGGACUCGGAGUUUAGUAGAUGCUAGGUUGUAAGCGGGUCUUGCACGGGCGUCACAUAUUACACUCCGCUCGUGUGACAGCUAAUUUAAGAAGUUCCUAAUCGGGGAUGACAUUCACGUCACGGGAGUAAACUCGAAGAGGUAACGCUAGAGAGCCCCAAUUGUUGAUUGCCCCGCAUUUAUCAGUCAGGUUUGG